AUGAAUUCAACUCCAGAUUUAAUAUCUCCACAAAAGUCAAGUGAGAAUUCGAAUGCUGACCUGCCUUCGAAUAGCUCUCAGGUAAUGAACAUGCCUGAAGAAAAAGGUGUUCAAGAUGAUUUCCAAGCUGAGGCCGACCAAGUACUUACCAACCCAAAUACAGGUAAAGGUGCAUAUGUCACUGUGUCUAUCUGUUGUGUUAUGGUUGCCUUCGGUGGUUUCGUUUUCGGUUGGGAUACUGGUACCAUUUCUGGUUUCGUCGCCCAAACUGAUUUCUUGAGAAGAUUCGGUAUGAAGCAUAAAGAUGGUAGUUAUUAUUUGUCUAAGGUUAGAACUGGUUUAAUUGUCUCCAUUUUCAACAUUGGUUGUGCCAUUGGUGGUAUUAUUUUGGCUAAAUUGGGUGAUAUGUACGGUCGUAAAAUGGGUUUGAUUGUCGUUGUUGUUAUCUACAUCAUCGGUAUUAUUAUUCAAAUUGCAUCCAUCAACAAAUGGUACCAAUAUUUCAUCGGUAGAAUUAUUUCCGGUUUGGGUGUUGGUGGUAUUGCCGUUUUAUCUCCUAUGUUGAUUUCUGAAGUCGCUCCUAAGGAAAUGAGAGGUACUUUAGUCUCCUGUUACCAACUGAUGAUUACCUUGGGUAUUUUCUUGGGUUACUGUACCAACUUCGGUACUAAGAACUACUCCAACUCUGUGCAAUGGAGAGUUCCAUUAGGUUUGUGUUUUGCCUGGGCUUUGUUUAUGAUCGGUGGUAUGACUUUCGUUCCAGAAUCCCCACGUUAUUUGGUUGAAGCUGGUCAAAUUGACGAAGCAAGAGCAUCUCUUUCCAAAGUUAACAAGGUUGCCCCAGACCAUCCAUUCAUUCAACAAGAGUUGGAAGUUAUUGAAGCUAGUGUUGAAGAAGCUAGAGCUGCUGGUUCAGCAUCAUGGGGUGAGUUGUUCACUGGUAAGCCGGCCAUGUUUAAGCGUACUAUGAUGGGUAUCAUGAUCCAAUCUCUACAACAAUUGACUGGUGAUAACUAUUUCUUCUACUAUGGUACUACCGUUUUUAACGCUGUUGGUAUGAGUGAUUCUUUCGAAACUUCUAUUGUUUUCGGUGUCGUCAACUUCUUCUCUACUUGUUGUUCUUUGUACACUGUCGAUCGUUUUGGACGUCGUAACUGUUUGUUAUAUGGUGCCAUUGGUAUGGUCUGCUGUUAUGUAGUUUACGCUUCUGUUGGUGUCACCAGACUAUGGCCAAAUGGUGAAGGUAAUGGUUCAUCCAAGGGUGCUGGUAACUGUAUGAUUGUCUUUGCCUGUUUCUAUAUUUUCUGUUUUGCUACCACUUGGGCUCCAAUUGCUUAUGUUGUUAUUUCUGAAACUUUCCCAUUGAGAGUCAAGUCUAAGGCUAUGUCUAUUGCUACAGCUGCUAAUUGGUUGUGGGGUUUCUUGAUUGGUUUCUUCACUCCAUUUAUUACUGGUGCUAUUAACUUCUACUACGGUUACGUUUUCAUGGGCUGUAUGGUUUUCGCCUACUUCUACGUUUUCUUCUUUGUGCCAGAAACUAAGGGUUUGACUUUGGAAGAAGUCAAUGAUAUGUACGCUGAAGGUGUUCUACCAUGGAAGUCUGCUUCAUGGGUUCCAACAUCUCAAAGAGGUGCUAACUACGAUGCUGAUGCAUUGAUGCAUGAUGACCAGCCAUUCUACAAGAAAAUGUUCGGCAAGAAAUAA